GGAUGUCCAAGUUAGGAAAGUUCAGCGCCCCGUAUGUUCGCGUUAUGUGGCCGUCCAUUAUCACGCAGAAGGUCAUCUCGCUGAGCUGUAAUCUGUGCUAGACUAGCUCGAAUCUGGCCUGCGCCUUUGGGCCAGUUUCGGGCUUGUCUAGCACAAAUGACAGCUCAGGGGCUCUGAACCUUAUGCGUUCAGGUCUUAAAGGUGACGGCGAGACGAGAGAGAGAGAGAGAGAGAGAGAGAGAGAGGCUGGCACGAAUGACAGCUCAGGGGCUCUGAACCUUAUGCGUUCACGUCUUAAAGGUGUGUGUGUGUGUGUGUGAGAGAGAGAGAGAGAGAGAGANNGAGAGAGAGAGAGAGAGAGAGAGAGAGAGAGAGAGAGAGAGAGGAGGGGGGAGGGGGAGGGGGAAUAUUGCCGAUGGAAAGGUGGACGAAUGAAUGGACUGUUGGUGAAGGUGGAAGGCGUCUUCGAACAGGAAUCAGAUAGUCCUCGUUCCUUGAAGAAACAAAACACGCGCCUUCUGAAGGUGAUGGUGAUUACAGUGACGAGGCAUUAUACUCGUCAUUGGAAUACUAAAUGGGCUGGAAUUAGUUAUUCAGCUAACAAGUACUCAGUUGCUUAUGUAGUAAGUGAACGAAAGCUUUGUCUUGUGAAGGCGGCGAGGCGGUCCAUGGACAGAGGGAGCACUUUGAGUGGGAUUGCGUGCUUUGGUUGUUGUACGAUGACGGGACUGGGAGGGAAUACGAAUGUCUGAUUCCUGAUGAUGGACGGUUUACGGCGGAGGAACUAGACUAGAACGAUGAUGGAUAUGGGGCCGAGGAUCAGGAUUGAUGGGCAGUUCAGGGGGCAGGAGUUGUAGAUAGGCAAGUGAGUGAGUGAAUGUUCACCUUGUGAAGUGGGCAGGCGUGGAGAAGAUAGAGAAGGCGCGCUUUGUAUAGAUAUCAGACGAGUCGGGACUAUGAAUACAAGGGACAGGAAUUAGGCUAAUGAGAUGAUAUAACGUGGAGGAGGAAAGCGUCCUUUGUCAAGAUGGGAAGUGAUGUGGACAAGCAGUGACGCGUUCCUUGGGAACGUGGUAGCGGGAUUCGAUCUAAGUAUACGCGAAAGAACGGUCCCCCCUUUUGAAGAAAGAAAGCGACGUGGGCAAGCAGAGGUGUGUUCCUUGAGAGGUGUGUUCAUUGGCAAGGAGGUAGUACUGGUACUGAGAUUAGAGCGAAGUGCGCGGACGAACGAGCCAGCUGUGAACAUGGGUAGUGGUGACGUCAAAUAGACGUUAUCCGUUGCCUGUGAAAAUGCGAGGAUGCCAUGGUCAGGAAUUAAGUGCAUUUGAAGUGCGUGCGUGUCUGUCGUCUGGCCCUCUUGUGAAGGGCGAAAGGGAAGGAGGGAACGAGUUCGAGGCUAAAAAUAGGUUCGCUAGUUAAUGCAUUACUCGAAAGGAGGUUUGUCUGAGGAUGUUGAAGAGGGGAGGAGAAGAGGGUGGAAUUGCGGACGGACGACGAGUGAAGAGGACCAGCGCUGCUGCUUUGUUGCGAAGAUGCUCUACUAUAUGGGACAGGCUGAAUUUCAUAUGCUAUGCUAUACUAAGAAGUGCUAGUUACUGGGCUCGUUGAGAAGGUUGUGUGGAAAGGCGCAGCAUGAAAGUUGAUCCGUGUUUGUGCCGAGAACUCUUGAAAUUCCCUGGAUGAUGCAUUAGGUCGCAGCAACGUUCAUUAUUCUGUUCUGUUUAAAACGUCCUAGUGUCUAAGUAUAUACUCUUUACUCCUCCUGAGUUGCAGAACACUCACGUUAACCCGCGCUUUGUCAAAAGGUAAGAAGUAAAUUUGGACGGAUGAAGAAGACAGGAAAUAUAUAGUCGGGGGGCCGAGGAGGGGGGGGUUGGGGGUGAGUACAGAAACGUGGGCCUCUAGGGGCAAAUCUCUUGUGCGUUCGAGGGCCAAUCAGGCACCUGAAGGUUGAGCGAAAGCUGGCGAGGGUGCGGAUGGAUGGAUGGAUUAGUGACUGGACUCUGAUCAAAAUAGUCAAGAAGAGUGGUGGCGCGUGCAGAAUUGCGGAGCAGAAGUGAGUCCCGCGUGCGCUGUUGGGGAUGGGUGACGUAGUUUCUGCGCUGUCGCGGCGAUUAGUGGACUCAAAUCGCCAACCGACACCAGAUGCGGCGUUCGCUUUUCGAGUUGAGGGGGGAAUUUCACUCUUAUCGGGUGAAUUCUUUCCAGACGAGUGGGACGUACUUUGGUUAUGAUCAGUCACGUCUGGCAGUGCUCCGCUAAGAGUAUCUGCAAGCCGCGUUGGAAAUUAUAAUUACGGUUGUUUAGUAGGAGAUCGUGAAGAGGAGAAUGGAAGAGAGAGAGGGUAAGAGGGGAUAGUGAAUUGUAAUUGAGAUGUGGGAAGGAGAGCGCCCCUAUGCACACACACACUCACACACACAGAGAGAGAGAGAGAGAGAGAGAGAGAGAGAGAGAGAGAGAGAGAGAGAGAGAGAGAGAGAGAGAGAGAGCCUGUGCACACACACAGAGAGAGAGAGAGAGAGAGAGAGAGAGAGAGAGAGAGAGAGAGAGAGAGAGAGAGAGAGAGAGAGACAUGCAAUAGUAGACAAAACGUGCGAGGCUUUACUUUC